GCAAGAGAGCGCACGCCGCUACUGACGCUAGCGCGCCCCGACGGCGAUCGAAGUCUUGAGCUUUUGUUUACCGAUACGCUGUUGGUAGAUACCCCGGCGGGAUUUUUGUAUUUCUCCCCGAAAAAUGUUGAAAUGCGUAGAAAUAUUAAUGGUUUUUAGUGAAUUGACUUGGAUUAUGUUAAAUGCGAACUCAAACUACUGUAUCGAUUAUGGAAUGUGGUUGAUCUGUUCAGAUAAAUAAAUAAAAUAAAAGUGACUUUAGUCGUAGUGAUAAAAGUAUAUUGAUGGAAUGGUUUUAUUGAGGUUUAAACGUUUUGGUUAACUGAGUGACAGAAAUGACGAAAACUGUGAAAAUGUGGCUGUGGUUUAUCAAUUGUCUCCUGUUUUUUGGAUGUAUUCAAAUAUCUAAAGCAUAUCAUCACACGACACAGCAACCGCCUCGAAUAACAGAACACCCUGUAGAUACGACGGUAGCCCGUCACGAACCGGCAACGCUGAACUGUCAUGCACAGGGUGAACCUGAACCAUCUAUUACAUGGUACAAAGAUGGGUCACUUCUACGCACUACACAACAGGAUGCCAGAUCUCAUAGAGUGGUACUACCAACAGGAAGCCUGUUCUUCUUGAAAGUGGUUCAAGGAAGAAAGGAAUCGGAUGCUGGAGUCUACUGGUGUGAAGCUAGCAACGCUUUAGGCAAAGUGAGGAGUAGGAAUGCCACAUUGACAGUUGCAGUAAUUCGAGAAGAAUUCCGACAAGAACCCCAAAGUGCCCGAGUGGCAGCUGGCGAAGACAUCAUCAUGGAAUGCGCCUCGCCCAGAGGAACCCCAGAACCUCAAGUUUUCUGGCGAAAGGACGGCCAAACUCUGGAUCUGGGAGGUAGACUGAAGUUGGUGGACGGUUCUAACUUGGCUAUUACUGAUUCCAAACCUUCUGAUGAUGGAAGAUACCAGUGUGUUGCGAAAAACACAGCUGGCAUUAGAGAAAGUGCUCAGGCUAUAUUGAAAGUGUAUGUAAAACCAUUUAUUGUCCACCCACCUGAAGACGUCAUAGCCCUCGUUGGCUCCACCGUCGAUAUCCCGUGCGUCGUUCAAGGAGACCCCAUCCCGGACGUCCUCUGGAGACGUCAAGCCCCUGGAGGUACUAUGCCACUGGGCAGAGUCAGAGUCCUCGAAGACCGUACCCUCAGAAUAGAAAGCAUAACCCUCAUGGACCAAGGGAAAUAUACCUGUGACGCUGAUAACUUUGCUGGCGCCACAUCAGCUAGUGCAUUUUUAACAGUUCAAGCACCACCAACUUUUAGUACCAGACCUCAAGCACAAACUGUGGAAACAGGACAGCAAGUUUCAUUUCAUUGUCACGUUACGGGGAGUCCUAAACCCAUGAUCUUCUGGUCUUUUGAAGGAGACAGGUCUUUAGUUUAUCCAGGAUCACCAGCUGGGAGUUUUGAGGCUUUUACUUCUGCUGAAGGACAUUCAACUUUGAUUUUGAAGAACGCACAAGUACAAAACUCGGGAACUGUGAUUAUUUGUUCUGCUACAAACGAAGCUGGAUCGGUAUCAACCAGAACAAGACUAACAGUCACUUCAAAAGAAGAUAGACCACCUCCAGUGAUUAUCAGAGGCCCUAGCAACCAAACACUACCUAUAAACUCGAUGGCCUACCUGAUAUGCGAAGCAACAGGUACUCCAAAACCUAUGAUAUCGUGGUACAAAGAAGGAGACCCUGUAACUCCGUCUCAUCGAAUUAACAUGACUAAUCCUUCCCAAGUUGAGGUUUAUAACCUGGAAAAAGAUGAUUCAGGUCCAUACACUUGCGUGGCUUCUUCAAGAGGUGGUAAAGCAACCUGGACUGGAUAUCUUUUAGUUGAAAACCCAAAGAACCCCAACAUAAACUUCUUUAAAGCCCCUGAAGCUGUUAUGGUUCCUGGUCCACCUAGUAGACCUCAUGCACUGAACCAAUCUGAAGGUAGUGUAACUAUUACGUGGGGUCAGAACAAUAAGAUUGGCUCUUCGAGUCUUUUGGGGUAUCAGAUAGAGCUUUUUGGUAGAGAGGAAGGUGUUACUCCAACAUGGACUAUCGUAGGAAGAAGAGUACAAGGCCCAACGUUUACCCAACAUCUUCUGUCUCCUGGAACGCCUUAUACUUUUUUGGUUAGAGCUGAAAAUUCUCAUGGACUUGGUCCACCGUCUCCUUUGUCAGAACCUGUGAUAGUUGGUCCGGAUUUAGGGCAAAAUUGGGGUAAUCCAGAAGUGACGAUACUGAGUGAAGCACGGGCUAGCUUGGUGACAACUCCAAACGUUGUAAAAUUAGUUAAUGCCAUGCCAGUGUCUUCUACAGCUAUUAAACUGACCUGGGAAGUAACCGAUGCUACGUUUGUGGAAGGAUUGUAUAUAUAUUACGUGAACCAGGAAGGUAGUGCUGAGGUUCCGAAGAGUUACAACAUGCUCAGUGUGUUGUAUACAGGGGGAACGACUACUUUUACUAUAAAUACCUUGGAGAAAUGGACUAAGUAUCAAUUUUUCUUGGUGCCGUUUUAUAAAGCUAUUGAGGGACAACCUUCGAACUCCAGGACAGUGAAGACUAUGGAAGAUGUUCCAAGUGAACCUCCCUCAAACAUGGAAGCUCACCUCCUAAACUCAACCGCUGUCAAACUCAAAUGGAAAUCUCCAUCACUCGCAUCGCUUCAUGGUGAAAUCCAAGGAUACAAGCUAGAAGUCAAAAGAAACGAUACAGAUACAUUUAGCCUUAUAAAUGUUGGUACUGCUCCUUCGUACUUGCUCGGGAACCUGUCCUCUGGAAUACUGUACUACGUGAAGAUUGCUGCUUUUACCAGAGCUGGAGUUGGUCCGUUUAGUCCACCGUCGACUUUGAGGCUGGAUCCAGCGUCUAAAGUGAUCGAUAAUAAUUCUAAAAGACCCAUCGGAGCUGACAUGCAGACAGGCGACUUCAUCACCGAAACAUGGUUCAUGGCCCUACUCAUCAGCAUGAUCCUAGUCAUGGUCCUGCUCUUCGGCGCCAUGUUCUUCGUCAGACGCAGACAACUCCUCUCCAAGAAAACCAUGACCCCUUCCCGAUCAAACGGAGGUGUCCUCUCAACACCCCUGGCCUCAAAACAGGAAGCCCCCCUCUGGCUGGAUAAAGAUAUCCCGGAUUAUACCUCAACCUUCCCGGAGUACUCAAAACUCACUCAGAACAGAGAGUACUCAUCCAGCCAAAGAAAAGAGUACAGUAAUGGGAGUUUGCCUCAAGGAAACAGCAAUAUUAAUCUCCACACGAAUCCGCUGCAUUAUAAGGAGCAGUACAGUGUUGCCAGGCCGGAUAACUUGGAAUAUGGAUCGGAAAGCGGGUAUCCUGUGAGGAAGUUUAAUGAUUACAACUUGAUGCAGGUGCAGGAGUAUGCCAGUCCGAAUUUAGGGAAUGAUAGGGGUUCGCAGAUAGCGGAUUAUGCUGAGGUUGAUGCUACGUUGGCUAGUAAUCAUGAGAAGGGGAAUAUUUCACCAGCACCGUAUGCUACAACGACGUUGGUUACAGGAAGUAGGAGACUGAUCUGGAACAACUCACCAUCGUGCCCCUCAGACGACGAAUCCCCAUACCCAUCCUCCAACGGAGGCUACUACAACAGGAAAGUCUACUCGGACUCCUAUUUUGCACCCACGCACACCCUGCGCAGGCCCAAAAAGGACCACCACUACAGAAAAAACUCUAGAGAAGAGUCCAACCCUCCGGACCUGGUCUCUCCCAAUUCCACCCAAGCAGACCAGCCGGUGUACGCUAGGGUUGGACCACCGGCUUUAUCCUGGAGGAAUGGUGCUCCGAGCUUGUCCAGUUUUACGCCGAACGCUACGAGGCACGUGUAUCAUCAUGGGUCUUCGAAAAGCGAACCGGGGAACAUGCUCUAAUGGAUCUGAAAGUUAAGAGAUUUUAAGUGAUAAUGUAAUGGUAACGAUGGUAGUGGUAAGGAUGAAGUAAAAGAAGUACUAUUUAACAGACAUGAUUAGUGGGUAAUUGAAUAAAGAAACUAAGAAAGGAAUUUGAAUGUUUAUUUAACAUUUUAAAAUAUAAAGUUAAGUAGGACGCAAUAAUUUACUUUUGUUUUACGUUUGAGUAAGAGAAUUUAAUCGUGAGACCCUUUAAACUCUAACGUGCUGUUUGGCAUACCGCGAUACUAUUUUUUAUGAAUAAGACAAAAUAAACAAAAACAACUCCCCAAGUAGCAUUUUCACGACUUGC